AUGUCCAACCCGCUCACCCUCUGGGCUAUCUCACACGAAUCUGAGCAGGAACCUUGCUCGGUCGACGUCACGUCAGACAACAACGUAUAUCAGUUAAAGAACGUCAUCCUUCCUAUCAAAUUCCCUGUGCUGCAGGAUGCCGGUAUCGCAGAUUUGAGACUUUGGAUGUUCAACGAGCCUCUCGAUCUGGAUCCAGAAGAGACGCUUUUCGAUCGCAUAACAGAGUGUCGUGCCGCAAACGGGAUUACCCAGCUUCGUAAUCAUCACGAACUCGCAAAGUACUGGCCAAACCAACCCGCGCCUGGACUCAACAUCUUGGUCACUCUUCGUUCACAAAGGAAACGCUCCAAUGAGUCGGCGGAGGACGUGCCCGAGGCUAAGCGCCUGAAAUACGCAGAAGUGCCUUCGAGCACCACCCAGCCUUCGAACUCGGCGAAUUUACAGAGUAUCAUUGCUGCUGCAUCUAUUUUCUACGACAAGGCGUGGGGUAAACAGUGGCCAUAUCAUGAAGGCAUAAUACGUGGGGCCGACGUCGAACCCGCCGGUACUAUCGCGUCUAUUCCUGGUGACGAAUUCAAAUACGUUUGUUUCGAAGGGGUAGGUGGCAUUGCGAAAACUCUCCAAUCAAGCAUGUCUCUCAGGGAUAAUCUCGUCGAACGUACCGAGUACCGCACGCUUUGUGGCAUGUUGAAGGCAAAGGAGUCCGCGGGAUUCGUUGUGACGGGACAUCCCGGCAUUGGAAAGACGACAUUCCUCCUGUACCUUCUUCUGCACCGUCUUCAGAACCGAUGCCCGACGGCGAUUCAACUGGAUCCCAACUUCUACUUCAUCUUCGAUACCUUCGGCGCUAAGCUCAAUCAUAUUGAAGAACGCGACCCACGACUCGAGCGAUGUUGGGCUCUAGCUGAUAGCAAUGCCCUCGUCGAGCAGCCAUGUCCAUCAUUCCAGAUACUCGCCAAGUGUGUCGUGCAGACCUCAUCACCAAAUUCCAAACGAUGGAAGAGUUGGAUAACACAGAAGCAGGGCAUGUGCAUCGUUUCGGAACUUCCAACAGUGCUUGAGAUAGGCGCGAUAUUGAAGGAGUCUGGGCUUGAUACUUCUGAAACGCUAGCCCGUGUAGAGAAGUGGGGGCCCUCGACCCGGAUAAUCAUGCAACUUGCGGAACAGAGCAUCAGUGAGGAAGACCUCGAACUACAAGCAAUAGCGUCCGCAUCACAGAUCUGCGCCAACCCCGCAUACAUAACCACGCUAUCAGGCCUUCCCGCAUCGACGAGCGAAGGCUCCACCAUCGUCUUCGUCAGCCCCCGCCGUUCUGAUCCUGCGAUCUCGUCGAGGGCGCUCUGCAAGUAUUUCAUUCCGACGAAAUACCUAGCUGGCAUAUUCGAGGAGCGUCGCGCCAAAUUGUCGAAUGACACAUCCCUCGAGCUCUUCGAGGCUCUCAGCUUGCACUCUCUGAUGAGUCCCGAGCGGCUGGCAUCACGAAAUGCGCAUGCAUCGCCGCCUCUGUGGCGGAGACAAAGCUCUCAAUCUCUCUCGAGGCAAUUUUAAGAUGAAUAUGCCAACAUCGACCCGUCUCCUUCCCGGCACGGCGGCCGCUCUCAAGAGUACAGAUGUCUCUGAUGGCUUCUACUGGAUACCAUCGGUGAUUAACUUUCCCGGGAUCGACGGUGUCCUUGGUGCAUCCAAGGGCAACAUCUACGCCGUGCAGGCGAUAAUAGCAGACAGGCACAGUAGUCCCGACCAGGGACUUCAAAAGAUCUGGGACAACCUCCAGCCAGCCGCUCGAAAGCGCCGUCUGUGGCACUUUGUUGUUGUUGGAAAAGAGCAAACUGCUGUUGACAAUAUAGUGAACGGCUUCUCGGGGCGGUCAGGUGGUCUUGUCAUUGGCAGUGUCAAGGUGCAGGUGUGGGGUUGUGUCAUUUGAAGGUAGCCAAAUCCCCUCGAACGGCAACCGCUAUUGCAUCAUUCUCUUUGCUUUCGUUUUCAGUAGUACCUGUGUAACGGCUAUGGCAUAGCUCAAUCAUAUGUAUUAAUUC